UGACCGCAAUAAAGUUUCUAAGAGAUUGUUAUACAAAAAACUAUACAUAAUUUACCUCAAUGCAUUAUUUGCAAAAUUUAAACGCUAUGCGUAGCUAUCAAAAAGCCGCCGAACCAAAGUCGCAAAAGGGCAAUCGGAAAUUCCAUCGGGAAUCACCGACGUCAAUCUCUCGCUGGCAAAGUCUAAUCGAUCGGCUUCGAAGGGGUCUGAAGGGGAUCUCGAAGGGGGUCCGAGUCGAUGCGCGCGCCAUAGAGGGGACCGAAGUAUUCAGAGUGGGGGCCUUAAAGACACGGGUGCCGUCCGACUGUCGGAAUUUGGUGGUAGGGGUAUCGCAGGUUGGAGCGUCACGCGCUGGGUCUCCCCACUCAUUCGUUUGCCACUGAAUAACCCCCACCAAAGAAAGGGCCAGCGCCACCAGCACGAGCAUUCCACCGGUGCCACGCUUCGACAGCACGGUAGAAGACGCUCAGUCGUUCUUCGAGUCAGUCGAGGUUUGAGACCCGUUGUGAACGGUCGCUUCUCUAGCGACUCGAACGCAAGAGAAGACCUCUCUGACUAGAGAUCACGUACUAUCUUACGAGUUCCCCUUGCAAACAUCGAGUUUGAGUUCCGUAAUUUCUUUCAAUUUUUUUCGAGCAUCGGAUUGACAAGUAGAGAAAAGAAAGGAAUAUUCAGGAGCGCAACGAACAGUUGGAUUAUCAGUGAAGUGAUUGACUUCAGUUCGCGCAAAGUGUGAUUUCACUUAAAAAAGUUAGAUAAUUUGACUUGAAAAAGUUUUGCGGUUUUGUGAGAAACAGCGAAUAAACAAUGGUGACUGGAGUAGGUGCCACGAUGCCGACGGGUGGUGUCACCGUCGGCGCUACACCGCCCGCGCAACACGUGCCUCAAGAGGCAGGUCAGGCUCCACCGCAAGCCACCCCUACAGCUACGACGACUACAAGACGAUCAGGAGAAAAUCGACGGAGCAAUAAACCUAUUAUGGAAAAACGACGUCGAGCACGUAUCAACAACAGUUUAAAUGACUUGAAAACUCUUGUUCUGGAAUCUAUGAAAAAAGACCCGGCACGGCAUUCAAAGCUCGAGAAGGCUGAUAUUUUGGAACUGACUGUGAAACACUUGGAGAACCUUCAACGACAGCAAGUUGCUCUUGCCGCAGCGACAGAUCCAAGUGUCCUCAAUAAAUUUCGCGCUGGCUACUCGGAGUGCGCCAACGAAGUUAACAGGUUUCCCGGUCUGGACGCUUCGGUGAAGAGACGACUAAUGAGCCAUUUGGCUACGUGCCUGGGUCCGAUUGAAGCCAACGGCCAAACAGCGACGGCGACGCCUCAGCAGCCUGUUCAACCGGCGCCACCGACGACGCAAUUACAAGUGCACAUCUUGCCGCCUCAAGUCGACGCUACCCCGCGGAUUCAAGUACAGCAGUCAAACGGGAUUUUCUUCACCAACGCAAACGGCACUGGUUUGCAACUGGUUCCAACUAGGCUACCAAACGGUGACAUCGCUUUGGUACUUCCGGCGGGAGCAAAGACGGCACCGGUUACAUCACCGUCGUCGUCGCCGGCACCGAGCUCACCGCUACCGACCCUGAUCCCAAUUCCUCAGAGAACCGCCAGCACUGCGUCUGCGUCAUCGUCGACCUCGUCCAACAGCUCGACGUCCACGUCAGCGGGAAGCCCGGUGGCGUUCGAAGCACCUCCGACGUUCCGCGAGCAGUCUACCGCUUACAGUCCGGCCAACAGCCACAGAGACGUCGCGACAUCCCCGGCGAACGGUUACACCAGUGAUCCGGAAUUCGACCCACGUGUCUACAGCCCUCCCCUUCAGAAACCACUAGCGCUAGUGAUGAGGAAGAGCGUUGUGCCACCCGUCGAGGAUAAGCCGUGGAGACCGUGGUAAAAAAUAAAAAAAAAUAAAAAAUGGACGGCUGUGGGGAUGAUUAUAGAAGUGAUGAUAAUUGAAACUGAUUUUGUGUCGAGAUGGUAAUCCGCGGUCGAUCAACCGCAAAUGAGAACUUAUCGAUUUAUUGUGACAAAUUUACGCGCCGAUUAAAAGAUUUCGCGAAGAACGGAAACAUGUUCCUCAAGUAUGUAAAUUGUUGUAGAUAAGCGCGAGUCCCGUUCGCACGACACCGCGAAAUUAGAGGGUUCAUUGGAAGACGCGAGUUUAUUUCCGAGUGCACGUGCACGGUCGGCCAGUAGCCAAUGAGAUAGUGCCUUGUUAAUAGUGCCUUGUAAAUAUACGUUAAAAAAAAAAAAAAAAUGUAAUGUGUAUCUCAAACCAAGCACAUUUUCUUUCUAAGAUAUCGCGUCGAUCUCCUUUUCCUUUUGUUUCAAUAUUUCGCAUUACUUUUGUCUCAUUAUCUCUUCUUAACAAUUCCUUCUGUAUAUAUGUCACACGUAUAUGUAUAUUAUAUUUUAAGUGCCUUAUGCAACAAGAAUCACUGACGUCUUCCAUUCUGUUUCUUGUAUGUAAAAUCGUAAACGAUUUGUAGCAGUAUCGUUGUGAAAGAACAUUGAAUUGGUUUUUUUCGACGAUACACAAUUUUAGGCUUAUUAUUAUAAGUUAGAAAGUCACGAGAGAGAGAGAGAGAGAGAGAGAGAGAGAGAGAGAGAGAGANGAGAGAGAGAGAGAGAGAGAGAGAG